AUGGUUUUGUUUUCGGAUGGUCGCUCAGUUUCCACCCACAAAAGGUAUAGACGGUUGUCAUGGUUCGUGCCCAUCCAUAGUUUCCAUGAAAUUACCAGACGUGAUCGAGGCCAAAACUCGCACAGCCACGAUGAGACUUGCGCGGAUCCGAGUAAGAUUGAAGUAAAAGAAGAAAAGCCAAAAGAGACACGAGAAGAAUGGGUGAUAUCGAUCAGGGAAAAGAUGGAUGAAGCACUUAGAUACGACGCAACAAAUAGCUGGGACAAGCUCUGUAUCUACAGAGUUCCAUUUUAUCUUCAAGAAAACGACAAGAAGUCUUACUUGCCUCAAACUGUCUCUAUUGGUCCGUUCCACCAUGGCAAGGAACAUCUCAUGCCCAUGGAGCGUCACAAGUGGCGUGCUGUUAAUAUGAUCAUGGCACGUACCAAGCACAACAUCGAAAUGUAUAUUGACGCCAUGAAAGAGCUCGAGGAUGAGGCUCGUGCUUGCUACCAAGGUCCCAUUGAUAUGAAGAACAGUAAUGAGUUCACAGAAAUGCUUGUCCUUGAUGGCUGUUUUGUUCUCGAGCUCUUCAAGGGAACAGUUCAAGGAUUCAAGGAAAUUGGCUAUGCAUCCAAUGACCCGGUUUUCGCGAAGGGAGGAUUGAUGCAUUCGAUACAACGUGACAUGGUAAUGCUGGAAAAUCAACUUCCUCUGUUUGUUCUCGACCGGUUAUUAGCUCUAAAGCCUGGUACACCGAACCAAACCGGUAUAGUGGCAGAUGUAGCUGUUCGGUUCUUCAAAACACUAAUGCCAACAAGCAAGGCAUUGACCAAAUCAGAAAGUUCGUCCGUCUCUCAGGGAAAAUCCGAGGAACUGACUGACCACAACGGGUUGCACUGUUUGGAUGUUUUCCAUCGAAGUCUCAUACAAUCUAGUGAGACAUUGAAUCGUGGAACUCCAUAUGAAGAUGUGAGAAUGGUAGACAAGCAACAACAGCAACUGAUACAUUGUGUGACAGAACUAAGAGACGCUGGUGUUAAGUUCGUGAGAAAAGAAACCGGCCAGCUUUGGGAUAUUGAAUUCAAAAACGGUUAUCUAAAGAUACCCAAACUUGUAAUCCAUGACGGUACGAAGUCUCUAUUCUCAAAUCUUAUAGCUUUCGAGCAGUGCCAUACCCAGUCAAGCAACAACAUAACAUCUUACAUAAUCUUCAUGGAUAAUCUAAUAAACUCUUCGGAAGAUGUUAGCUACUUGCACCACUAUGGUAUCAUCGAGCAUUGGCUGGGGAGUGAUUCUGAAGUUGCAGAUUUGUUCAACCGGUUAUGUAAAGAAGUGAUCUUUGACCCAAAAGAUGGUUAUCUGUCUCAACUGUCUGGUGAAGUUAACCGUUAUUACAGUCGUAAGUGGAACUCUUUGAAGGCUACGUUACGACAAAAGUACUUCAAUAAUCCUUGGGCAUACUUCUCUUUUUCAGCUGCAGUUAUUUUGCUAAUUCUCACAUUUUUCCAAAGCUUGUUUGCUGUCUAUGCUUAUUAUAAGCCACUUUCUUAA